ACAAAACUUCAACAAAGUGGAACUACAGACCGGCUUCUCUUCCUCUCUCAGCGCAUGGCUGCUCGGUUCCUGCAAAUCUAACCUGUGCAGUAUAACCUUCUGUUUGCGGAGGCAGAGGGGCGGGGGGGUCUCCGCUUGGAAAGAUGGACCAUUUAAUGGGGACCAGGUCGCGCAGGAGAAUACCGCUGUUUCUUUUGAUCCUGCUUCACGUGACGACGACACAAGCCGUGGAUCCCAUUGAUGUUCUGCGAGUGCUGGAGUUAUCAGAGAACAUGGAGGGUGUGUCCUUGGAGGCUGGUCUCUGCACCAGCAGGAGGGGCAUGGAUGCGACGGACCUGGCCUACAAGAUAGACAAAAAGAUCCAGCUCAGUGCUCCCACCAAACAGCUCUUCCCUGAUUCCAAAUUUCCUGAGACCUUCUCCUUGAUGGCUACUGUGCGAGCUAAGAAGGGCUCCCAGUUCUUCCUGCUUUCAGUGUAUGAUGACCAGGGGGUGCAGCAGCUGGGGAUCGAGGUGGGCCGUUCACCUGUCUUCCUUUAUGAGGACCAACAUGGGCAGCCCACACCAGACAUGUACCCCAUCUUCAAGAGGAUCAACCUGGCCGAUGGAAAGUGGCACAGGAUAGCCUACAGUGUGCACGAGAAGUCUGUGACCCUCUACUUGGACUGUCAGAGGGUUGAGACCUUGGAUCUGCCGCGCGGGGACAGUGCUGUGGUCAGCACAGAGGGUGUCACUGUGUUUGGGACACGGCUGCUGGAUGAAGAAGUAUUCGAGGGAGAUAUUCAGCAACUGCUGAUUGUGGAGGACGCCCAGGCUGCUGCCAACUACUGUGUCAACUAUAUACCGGACUGUGACACUGCUUUGCUCUACAACAGCCCAACCCUGGACCUGCAGGAGAACUCCCAAGUUGGGUCUGAUGCCUUGAUGCAAAGUGACCAGCAAGAUGAAACAAAGGAGGUCUCCAAAAAGGACAGGGGAGGCAAAAAGAACAAAAAGAAGAGAGACAAGGGCUCUAAAGGCAAACGUAAAGGCAAGGGCAAGAAGGGAUCCAGAAAGAAAAAACAUGAGGAAGGUCUUGAGGAUGGCUUCCUCAGAGUGUCCACUACACUGCCUGAGUACCUAUCCCGAGAACCUUUUCCUACAGAGUUGCCAGAAAUUAAGAGCAUCCAAGAAACUCUCAUUCCCACUGAAGUCUUCGACAGGAACCUCAUGGAGAUGCCCACGCACGAACCUGACUCAACAACCAAGAGCCCUUCUGUGGUACCCAGUGCAUUGCCUGAAUCAGUGGUUACUGAGGAGGUGAAAGAGCCAGAGAAGAAGCCAGUGGUGGAAGACUAUGGAGAUGACCUUGACAGAGACCUCUAUGAUGAUCUCUCAGUUUCCACGGUAACAGUGGGCCCAAAUGUUACUGAGUUUGAGGUUCUUGAAUAUGAAGAUUACAAGAAUGACACAGAGUCAGAGUAUGAAGAGUAUGAAAUAUAUGAGGAUGGUUUUGACUUUGCAGAGCGGGAUAGAGCGGAGACGUGGGAUGGAGAGGCUAGCCUCAGAGCAGAGAAAGGCCAGAAGGGAGAGCCAGCUAUUAUUGAGCCGGGUACUUUAGUGGAAGGACCCCCAGGUCUACCAGGGCCAGAGGGGCUUGCUGGCCCAGCUGGCCCAACAGGCCCUCCAGGACCCAGGGGAGAUCCUGGUGAAUUGGGUCCUCCGGGACGUCCUGGUCUUCCAGGUGUUGAUGGGAUUCCAGGCCCUCCAGGAACCCUGUUGAUGCUACCAUUCCAGUAUGGAGGUGAUUCCCAGAAGGGACCAGUGGUGUCUCCCCAGGAGGCACAGGCACAAGCUAUCCUGCAACAGACCAAGCUGUCACUGAAGGGACCUCCAGGUCCAAUGGGUCUCACAGGGCGACAAGGCCCACUGGGUGCUCCAGGUCCCACUGGGCUCAAAGGAGACAGCGGAUACAGUGGCCCUCCUGGAACACGUGGGUUGCCAGGCCCUCCUGGAAUGAAUGGAAAGACUGGAAAAAGGGGGCGUGCAGGAGUGGAUGGAGGUCGUGGAGCUCCAGGUGAAACAGGCUCUAAGGGUGACAGGGGUUUUGACGGCCUGCCAGGUCUCCCAGGAGACAAGGGACACAGAGGGGACAGAGGAAAGCCUGGUCCUCAUGGACCUGUUGGAGAGCCAGGAGAAAAGGGAUCUGAUGGACCUGUGGGGCCAAGAGGGCAACCAGGUGAACCUGGUCCUCGGGGGCUUGUCGGGCCAAGGGGGCCACCUGGCCCACCUGGCCAAACGGGUAUUCGUGGAACUGAUGGAGUACAAGGGUCAAAGGGCAAUCUGGGUCCACCUGGAGAGAUAGGGCCCCCAGGUCAACAGGGAAAUCCAGGAGUACAGGGCUUGCCUGGUCCUCAGGGUCCCAUUGGAUUGCCAGGAGAGAAGGGUCCCCAGGGGAAACAAGGCAUGCAGGGACUAUCAGGCAUUGAUGGCCCUCCUGGUCACCCAGGAAGAGAGGGGCCCGCAGGAGAGAAAGGAAUCCAAGGUUCACCAGGCGCUCAGGGGCCUGUUGGGUACCCAGGGACCCGCGGAGUCAAGGGAGCGGAUGGAGUUAGGGGUCUAAAGGGGAGCAAAGGAGAGAAGGGAGAAGAUGGCUUUCCUGGGUUCAAAGGUGACAUGGGCAUCAAGGGAGACAGGGGUGAUAAUGGAGCUCCAGGUGCUCGUGGAGAGGAUGGUCCAGAGGGGCCAAAGGGCCAAGCAGGACCGAUGGGAGUGGCAGGAGCUCUCGGGAUAGCUGGCGAGAAGGGUAAACUUGGCGUGCCUGGAUUACCUGGAUACCCAGGAAGACAAGGUUCUAAGGGAUCACUUGGCUUCCCUGGUGUAGCGGGGGUCCCAGGAGAGAAAGGACGAAGGGGUCCAGCUGGUCAGCAAGGGCCUGGGGGCCAGAGAGGUCCUAAUGGAGCCCGAGGGGGGAGAGGAGCAAAGGGGCCCACUGGAAAGCCUGGCGAAAAGGGUUCUUCUGGACAAGAUGGUCCUCCAGGAUCACCUGGAGAACAGGGUCCCCAAGGACCACAGGGAAGACACGGCGAACACGGACCUAGAGGGCCUAAUGGUCCGGCUGGAAAAGAUGGAUUGCCAGGUCAUCCAGGCCAGAGAGGGGAAACAGGCUUCCAAGGCAAGAAUGGACCCCCUGGCCCCCCAGGUGUUGUUGGACCACAGGGCAAAUCUGGUGAAACAGGGCCAACGGGAGAUAGAGGCCAUCCCGGUUCACCAGGACCACCGGGUGAGCAUGGUUUACCGGGAGCUGCCGGAAAGGAGGGUGCCAAGGGAGACCCAGGUCCACCAGGAGCCUCAGGGAAAAGUGGCCCUGCUGGGCUCCAAGGCUUCAGAGGGAGCAGAGGGACCCCUGGUGCAAUGGGUCCUGCAGGCCUUAAGGGAGGAGAGGGCCUACCUGGCAUUGCAGGAUCUAUUGGUGCUACUGGAGAGAGGGGCCCUGCUGGGCCAGCUGGCGCUAUUGGGCAGCCAGGACGCCCCGGUGGUGUGGGUCCUGCUGGGCCUAUGGGGGAGAAAGGCGAGCCAGGAGAAAAGGGGCCCAUGGGGCCGGCUGGGCAUGAUGGGGAACUGGGACCCGUAGGGCUACCAGGGGCUGCAGGACCUCCAGGGCCUCCGGGAGAGGACGGAGACAAGGGGGAGAUAGGAGGACCAGGUCAGAAGGGCAGCAAAGGAGACAAAGGAGAAGCUGGACCCCCAGGACCCGUUGGAAGUCAAGGACCUGUGGGCCAGCCAGGACUGCCAGGUGCAGAUGGUGAGCCAGGUCCUCGUGGGCAGCAGGGCAUGAAUGGGGCGAAAGGGGAUGAAGGACAUAGAGGAUUUAAGGGGGCAUCUGGUCCUUCUGGACUACAGGGAAUGCCAGGACCACGAGGGGAGAAAGGAGAGAGUGGGCAUGUCGGCUCAAUGGGACCUCCAGGACAGCAUGGCCCACGAGGCCCUCAGGGGCUCAUUGGUGGAGAGGGUCCACCUGGAAUGCCUGGUGGAGUUGGUCAGCCUGGACUUGUUGGAGAGAAGGGUGAGGUUGGUGAGGCUGGAGACCCUGGAUCAGUUGGAGAGCCUGGCAUUGCUGGUGCUAAAGGCGAUGUGGGGGAGAAGGGUGACUCUGGUCCUCCCGGUGCAGCUGGGCCUCCAGGACCCAGAGGAACACCAGGCGAGGACGGACCCAAAGGCAACUUUGGCCCUAUUGGAUUCCCCGGAGAUUCAGGACCCCCUGGAGAACCUGGCGACAAUGGAAUAGAUGGUGGACCAGGGCCUAAGGGAGACAAUGGAGAACCUGGCAAAGCAGGACCCCCAGGAGCCUCUGGAGAGCCAGGUCCUCCAGGACCUCCUGGACGGAGGGGUCAUGUUGGUGCUGCAGGAAAAGAAGGGAAGCAAGGCAUGAAGGGAGUAAAGGGGACAACAGGAACCCAGGGUCCAGUGGGUAAGACAGGCCCAGUGGGACCCCAGGGACAACCAGGGAGGUCUGGCCCAGAAGGGUUUCGAGGCAUCCCAGGUCCAGCGGGUGAACAAGGGUUAAAUGGGCCAUCAGGACAAACUGGACCACCAGGACCAAUAGGGCCAUCAGGACUUCCAGGAUUAAAAGGAGACCCUGGAACGAAGGGAGAUAAAGGUCAUGGUGGGUUGAUUGGUCUAAUUGGCCCCCCAGGAGAACCUGGUGAGAAGGGAGACAGAGGCCUGCCAGGGAACCAGGGCACACAAGGACCUAAAGGAGAUGCGGGUGUGGCUGGCUCACAUGGUCCCGUUGGACCACCAGGACCACCUGGACUGUCAGGUGCAUCUGGCGAGAAAGGUUCAAAGGGAGACAUGGGUGUUGUUGGUCCCAGAGGAGAUCCAGGCCCUGCCGGCCCCCCCGGACUCCCGGGACCCCCUGCAACAGUGGUUCAGCCCCUGCCUAUCAGGGAGGGCAGGCGGAAGAGACGAAGGCACUCCGACCGGGCAGGAAGACCAGCCCCAUCUAGUGAGGAGGAUGUGGAUCUGGACAUGGAGGAAUUCCUCCAGGGAGAUCAGCCCCUGGAGGAUGCUGAGGGAAUGGAAGAAGUCUUUGCUACCCUCUCUUCUAUGAAAACAGAAGUGGAGUUGAUGAGGAGGCCCUUGGGAACCUUUAAGAGCCCUGCCCGGACCUGCAAAGAGCUUAUGAUGGUUCAACCUGACUACAAAGAUGGAGAGUAUUGGAUAGACCCUAAUCAGGGCUGUCACCGAGACUCCAUCAAGGUCUACUGUAACUUCACAGCUGCUGGAGAGACCUGUCUCUACCCCGACAAGAGAAUUGAGAUGGUGAAAUUAGCAGCAUGGAACAAAGAGAGGCCAGGAAGCUGGUACAGCCAAUACAGGAGGGGCAAGCAGUUCUCCUACAAUGACAUGGAUGGGAACCCUGUACAUGUAGUUCAGCUGACCUUCCUGAAACUACUGAGUGCCACGGCCAAGCAGAGCUUCACCUACAACUGCCAGAACUCAGCAGGCUGGUUUGACAGCACUUCCACCUCUUACCAGCGUGCCCUCCGUUUCCGGGGAAGCAAUGAUGAGGAGUUGACCCAAGCCAAAAGCCCCUUCAUCAAUGCAGCACAUGACGGAUGCCAGUUCCGAAAAGGUCAGGAAAGGACUGUCCUAGAGAUUGACUCCCCCUCGGCAGAGCUGCUCCCUAUUAUAGAUGUGGCUCCGGCCGACUUUGGCAACAGCAACCAGAAGUUCGGAUUCCAAGUUGGACGAGUAUGCUUCAGUGGUUAACAUCUUGCCAGCAACAAAUGGAAAAAAAGACCUGCACAGCAAGUUUUCAGUGAUAGACACUUGACUUUUACCGCUGCCCCAAGCAAUAUUUAUUAGAUUUUGUUCCUGUAUGUGGUGGGUUUGUGGUAUAUUAUUUAAGAUUCUUCAACAGCCAAUGAAAUAGGUUCUACGGCUCAACAACACUAAGAAGAAUGGCAAGAAAGAGGACAUGCAACAGUGGGCACAAGGCACAUUUACCAAAGGGAAAUAUUCCAGUUAGAUAUAUUUAAUUUUAAGUGUUUUUGUUUUUUUCACUGCCUGAGUGUGUGCUAAUUGAUCCUCAAGAAUUAUGAGGACUUCACCACUUGACAAUGACCACUUAUAAAUGAGACGGAUCUGUCCGAUCAUCGAAAGGAACAGUCCGUCAUUCUGUGGUAUGGGUCAGUUAAGUGGGACUUUUCAGAUCAUGGAUGAACUAGUUGCUACCUAAUGUUUUACAAAGACUGACCCUGAAUGAAUCAGAGACGUCGUCAUACUCAUUUGCAUGAUCAGAUUUCACUAUAAGGACAAUUGCAUAGCAGUUGUGAACUAGCGUAGCAUAUUAAUUCUACACAAGCACCAUAAUUAAUUUCCUGUGUGCAAGAAUGAUAAAUUGUCCUUUUUACCCUUCAACUGCAGUUUUCUCAGUGAAUUACCUUGAUUAGUAUUCAAUAGGUGUAGCUAGUUACUGAACCCGGCACUUACUUGAAUGGAUAAGGUUGUUUCCUUUAUUGGACUGCUUCCCUCCGUGGGCUUGAUAUUAAGCUUUUUUGAGCCCUCCAUGUUUUCACAGACUACAGUACUGUAUGUGUCAGACCAACAUCCUUUCUACUGUGUAUGUCAUAGCAAGUACAUAGUAUGUACUUGCUGUGACAUACAUCAGCAACUAGAUUGGGGAUAUUUCAGGGCAAGAAUUAAGAGCGUGCAGAUUAAAAUGUUCUCUGUUCUCUUGUCUUAACUGCAGUCCUUUAUACCAAGAGACAAUUCACGCAUCUCUUGAAAGCAUUCAAUAAUUGCUGACGUAACCUAUUUUCACUUUUCUGCCCUACAGAGGUUUUUGUUUCUCUGUUUUGUUCAUAUGUUAAAAUUUGAACAGAGAAUGUUGCUGUUCAUUUGACAUGAUUUGCUCUUCAGUGGUGCUAAAGAUGAUUCUGUUAUUUUUGUGUCACUGUGUUUGUGUGUGUCUGUGGACAGGAUUAUAGGACUAGUGAGGGAAAGUGUUAUUGCUCUUUCAGCAGCAUGAAACACCCUCAGAAGCUGGAGACUAGUCUACUGUGUUUUUUGCACAUCUUCUGGCUGAUUGUGCCAAUUUCACAGGGCCAGUGAAAGGAGGUUAGGGACAGUUCAGAGCAAUGUGGCUGAUCACUUUAAAGGGACAAUCCACUCUUAAACGAAUUUACACUGUUUUCCAGUGAUGUUGGACAGUUAAUCCAGUAUCUACAUAGACAGACAACUGUUUUCCUAAACUAGAAAUUACAACAUCAACACUGGAGUGCUGUCAUCAUGUAACAUUUUGAGAAUUUGAUCCAUUGCAGAUCUCUUUCUCAGAUAUUUUUACAAAUAACUUUGUUAUUGUAGAGCUGUGAAUCUUAAUCACAGCUCUUAAUCUUAAUCUUGUCUUCACAUCCCAUGGUAAAAUUACUAUGGUUGCUAUUAUAGGGUCAUAACCAUUAUUCCAUUAUUUACUGUCUGUUGAGCAGCUACAGGAUUUGUUUUUAGAUGACAUUGUUACUAAAGUCUGUCUCUGCAUUUUUGCUUAAAUGGAGCCAUCUUCAAAUUAACAAAUAGAGCUGUGGAGUAUUACAGCAAUGACCGAUGUAUGUGGAUUCUAUUUUACGGUUGAUUUUCCCUCUAGCAAAUGAAAUUUCUUAAGGCUCUGCUUACCUCCUCCCACUCAAACAGUAGACUGUGUAUCCAGCAGGUGUAAUUUUACAAUUCACUCCCGCUGUUCUAUUUGUUUCACAGCAUUUAAACAUUCCAGUAAUUACCUCCUCGCCUCCUGUCCCAUCCUGCACUGCCCCCCCUAUGUCUAGUGUUUGUUGUACUAAUUUUAUAUACUGUACAGUUAUACUGAGGACUUUAUGAGCAAUAACCUGUUGCCUUAAUGAAAAACAAAUGUAUUUGUUAAAAAUUGU